AUGUCUUGCUACGACCUGUGCCCACCGAAAACCAGCGUCGCUGUCCCCCAGCCCAUCGCUGAGAGCUGCAACGCUGUGCGCCCCCGCCAGUGCCCUGACUCGACGGCCCUCAUCCAGCCGCCCCCCGUCGUCGUCACCUUCCCCGGCCCCAUCCUCAGCUCCUUCCCCCAGCAAGCCGUGGUGGGCUCCUCCGGAGCACCCGCCUUCGGGGGCUCCCUGGGGCUGGGGGGCCUCUACGGCGCCGGGGCCACGCUGGGCUCGGGGGGCCUCUGCACCUUUGGCAGACCCUACGCUUCCCCUGCCUGCAGCCCUUGCGCCUUGCCCCGCUACAGCAAGAAGCUGUGGGACACCUGCGGGCCCUGCUAG